AUGAGUGCCACAAAGGCGCAGUCUCAAAAGAUCUUUGAGAAGGCCAAGCUGAAGCCCGCGAACAAGGUGUGCUUCGACUGUGGCAGUAAGAACCCGACAUGGUCUUCAGUUCCAUUCGGUAUCUAUCUCUGCCUUGAUUGCUCGGCUCACCACCGUAACCUGGGUGUGCACAUCUCCUUUGUCCGAUCAACAAACCUCGACCAAUGGCAAUGGGAGCAAUUGCGGGUGAUGAAGGUUGGUGGAAAUGAAUCUGCGACCAAGUAUUUCCAAUCGCACGGAGGUUCCGCUGCGCUGGCGAGCAAGGACACUAAAGUCAAGUACACAUGCAAUGCAGCUGUCAAGUAUAAGGAAGAACUCAAGAGGCGCGCUGCGCUGGAUGCGCAACAGUAUCCCGGCGAAGUCGUCAUCACAGAUGUCCCCGCUGGCACACCCUCGGAUGGCUCGAGCACUCCUGCUGGCGACGCUGAGGACGAUUUCUUUUCUUCCUGGGACAAGCCCUCGAUCAAGCGCCCGAGCAACCCCCCAUCGCGCACCAGUACUCCCCCCGUUGUCAGCCGGAACAGCUCUCCUUUCCUGAACGCUGGCGCCAGUGCAAAUGGAUCUCGCUCGAAGUCUCCCUUGUCAUCUUCGGAAGAAAAAAGCGCCUCUCCCGCGCCAUCUGCUAUCCGCCCCACCAGUGUUACUCGGAAGACCUCGACAGCUACCGCUGCAAAGAAGGGCAGUGUCCUCGGUGCCAAGAAGGCACCCAAGCUCGGGGCUAAGAAGGUUGCUGCCGCAGAUAUGAUUGAUUUCGAGGAGGCAGAGCGUAAGGCCAAGGAAGAGGCUGAGCGUAUCGAAAAGCUUGGCUACGACCCCGAGGCUGAGCAGGCGGAAGCCGAGGCCAAGAAGACCGCCACUGCCGCUGUCCCUAUCGCUUCUCCUAUCCCAGUUAGCCCUGCUGGCAAGUCUAAUGAUAGAAACUCGGGUGAUGUGGAGCGCCUGGGUAUGGGUGUGAGCAGACUGGGCUUUGGCCAGGUGUCGAAGCCCGCUGCUCCCAAGAAGCCAACCUUUGGUUCUGUUGGCCCUGCCAAGCCCAGUCCUGCUGAGGAAGCGGAACUUGCUCAGACCAGAACCCGAUUUGGCACUCAGAAGGGUAUCUCGUCCGAUGAGUUCUUCGGACGGGACCGCUUUGAUCCCGCUGCCCAGUCAGAGGCCAAGGAGCGUCUUCGCCAAUUCGAUAGCGCUACAUCCAUUUCUAGCAACUCCUACUUCGGCCGGCCCGAGGAUGAGGUCAAUUCACUUGACGAUGGUUAUGGUGAUAUGGAGGUUGCCGCUAAGGAUUUCAUUCGUCGCUUUGGCAUCACGGCUGGAGAUGAUCUUGAGAACCUGUCGCAUCUUGUCGGCGAAGGUGCAACUAAGCUACAAGGUGCUAUUCGUAACUAUCUGAACAACUAG